UUCACCUGCUCAGAAUGUGGAAAGGAGUUCACUUCAUCAUCUCAACUGAGGGUACAUCGGCGAGUUCACACUGGGGAGAGGCCGUUCACCUGCUCUGAAUGUGGAGAGGCAUUCACUCGGUCAUCUCACCUACUGAGACACCAGCUGGUUCACACUGGGGAGAGGCCGCUCACCUGCUCAGACUGUGGGAAGGAGUUCACUUCAUCAUCUCAACUGAAGGUACAUCGGCGAGUUCACACUGGGGAGAGGCUGUUCACCUGCUCAGACUGUGGGAAGGAGUUCACUUCGUCAUCUCAACUGAGGGUACAUCGGCGAGUUCACACUGGGGAGAGGCCGUUCACCUGCUCAGAAUGUGGAGAGGCAUUCACUCGGUCAUCUCACCUACUGAGACACCAGCUGGUUCACACUGGGGAGAAACCGUUCAGCUGCUCAGAAUGUGGGAAGCGAUUCACUCGGUCAUCUCACCUACUGAGACACCAGCUGGUUCACACUGGGGAGAAACCGUUCACCUGCUCAGAAUGUGGGAAGGCAUUCACUCGGUCAUCUCAACUACAGGAACAUCAGCAAACUCACACUGGGGAGAAACCGUUCAGCUGCUCAGAAUGUGGGAAGGGAUUCACUCGGUCAACUGACCUGAAGGUACAUCAGCAAGUUCAUUCUGGGGUGAGUCCGUUCACCUGCUCUGAAUGUGGGAAAGGUUUCAUGCACUCAUCCAAACUACGGAGACACUUGCUGGUUCACACUGAGGAGAGGCCAUUCACCUGCUCUGAGUGUGGGAAGGGAUUCACUCAGUCAUCCAAACUACAGACACACUGGCUGGUUCACACUGGGGAGAAACCGUUUGCCUGCUCGGUAUGUGAGAAGGGAUUCACACGGUCAUCUCAACUGAAGGAACAUCAGCGAGUUCACACUGGGGAGAAACCGUUCACCUGCUCAGACUGUGGGAAGGAGUUCGCUCGUGCAGCUCAGCUGAGCGUCCAUCAACGAUUUCACACCGGGGAGAAACCGUUCAGCUGCUCUGAAUGUGGGAAGAGAUUCACUCUGUCAUCUGACUUGAAAGUACAUCAGCGAGUUCACACUGGGGAGAGGCCAUUCACCUGCUCGCACUGUGGGAAGCGAUUCAUUCGGUCAUCUCAACUGAACACACAUCAGUGCUUUCACACUGGGGAGAAACCGUUCAUUUGCUCAGACUGUGGGAAAAGAUUCACUCUGUCAUUUCGCCUACUGAGGCACCAGUUAGUUCACACUGGGGAGAAACCGUUCAUCUGCUCAGACUGUGGAAAGGAGUUCGCUCGAUCAUCUGGCUUGAAAAUACAUCAGCGAGUUCACACUGGGGAGAGGCCGUUCACCUGCUCAGACUGUGGAAAGGAGUUUGCUGGGUCAUCGGAUUUGAAAAUACAUCUGCGAGUUCACAUUGGGGAGAGGCCGUUCACCUGCUCUGUGUGUGGGAAGGGAUUCACUCACUCAUCCACCCUACAGAGACACCAGCUGGUUCACACUGGGGAGAGGCCAUUCACUUGUUCUGAAUGUGGGAAGGGAUUCACUCAGUCAUCCAACCUUUUGUCACACCAGCGAAUCCACACUGGGGAGAGGCCGUUCAUCUGCUCAGAUUGUGGGAAGGCAUUCGCUCACUCAUCCACCCUUUUGUCACACCAGCGAAUCCACACUGGGGAGAGGCCCUGAAUGUGGGAAGGGAUUCACUCGGUCAUCCAAGCUACAGAGACACCAGUUAGUUCAUACUGGGGAGAAACCAUUCACUUUCUCAGAUUGUGGGAAGGGAUUCACUUAGUCAUCUGACUUGAAGCUACAUCAGCGAGUUCACACUGGGGACAGACCGUCAGACUAUAAGACUUAAGACCAGAAUAAGGCUGUUUACCCCAUCGAGUCUGUUCUGUCAUUUUAUCAUGGCUGAUCCAAAUUUGCUCUCCACUCCAAUCUCCUGUCUUGUCCCUGUAUCACUUCAUGCCCGGAUCAAUCAAGAUUCUAUCCACCUCUGCCCUAAAUGUACAUAAAGAAUUGGCCUCUACAGCUGUCUGUGGCACGGAAUUCCCCAGAUUCACCACUCUCAGUCUGUUCUCUGUCAUCUCCGUUCUAAAAGGACACCCCUCUAUUCUGAAGCUCUGUUCCCUGGUCGCAGACUCUUCCACCACAGGAAGCAUCCUUUCCACAUCCACUCUAUCAAGCCCUUCCACAGUUUGAUAAGUUUCCAUGAGGUCAGCCCUAAUUCCUCUGCUGAUCCAGGCUCAGGCCCAUUGAACGCUCUUCAUAUGACAAUCCAUUCAAUCCUGGAAUCUGUUUUUGUGAACAUACUCUGAACCUUCUCCAGUUUCGGCACAUCGUUUCCAAGAUCAGGGGCCCAGACCUGUCCUCCGAGUGUGGCCUCACCAGUGAUGACCAAAUUCCCAAAUUACAUCCUCGCUGAUA